AGAAAGUGAUAAAUCUCACUGGCUCUUUUUCCUGGCUCAUUUGAAGUCAACGAAAUGAGCAGAACAGACCCAGCUACUAUCGCAAUUGGUGUUUAUGGGAGAACUACCCCUUAAGCAGAGCCUGGAACGGUGACCAACGUAAAUGGACAACGGUAAACAGCGUCUUCAUUUACCUGGAACGUAAUAAAGCCCUUUUUUUUGAACAUAGUCGUUGACAUUCAGAGAGCUGACAUUCUGAGCCUCAGGUUGUUAGAGUAACUUAUCUCUGUCAGACUUUUAUACACCCUCUUUGAUACAAUCUUACCCAAAUGCAUGAUGGGGGUCUGCCACAACUUCUGGACCCAGCGCCCCCCACCUGAUGCCCAUGAUGCCCAGCCCCUCAUCGCUAAACAAUGCAGUACUGAUGAUAGCCAGAAGGGGGCAGACAGAACACAGCUCAAAAAGAGACGCUGGUGUCGCAACAGCUGCCUUGGCCUGUUUCUGUUCCUGGUCGUGAUGAUGACUGUGGUCAUCCUGGAAGUUGACCUCAAAGAACAGAUCUCACCUUCAACAACCAAGCCAGCAGCAAACAUGUCCCGAGGACCGUACCAUGUACAAUACCCACAUGAGUACUCCUUCAUCCUGGAUGAGCCAGAGAAAUGCCGGGAGCAGAACCCCUUCCUGGUUCUGAUGGUGCCAGUGGCGCCCUAUAACAGGGAGGCCCGUGAGGCCGUCCGCAGGACUUGGGGCAGUGAGAGGCAGGUACUGGGCAAAGAGGUUUGUCUGUUCUUCCUGCUGGGACUGCUCAGUGGAGAGGAGACAGAGCAGCUCCAGGAGAAGGUGCUGCAGGAGAGCAAAGAGCACCAGGAUCUGCUGCAGAGCGACUUCAUAGACAGCUACAAAAACCUGACCAUCAAGACCAUGGUGAUGAUGGAGUGGCUGAGCUCUCGCUGCCCCAACGCCUCCUACGCCAUGAAGAUCGACUCAGACAUGUUCCUCAACGUGAACACCUUGGUCAACAUGCUGCUUCACGCUCCAACGCAAAACUACCAGACUGGACUAGUGGCCCAAUUGGCCGCCGUUCUAAGAGACCAUAACUCCAAAUGGUACCUUCCAAAGGAGGUGUUUCCUGAACCAGUAUACCCACCUUAUGCUCUGGGCCUGGGCUAUGUCUUCACCUUAGACCUCCCCAGGAAGCUGGUGGAGGCGUCCAGGCAUGUUAAAGCCGUCUACAUAGAGGAUGUGUAUCUGGGACUGUGUAUGAGACACCUGGGCAUCCGGCCUACUGACCCCCCCAGUGGAAACCUUUUUCAGGGGUAUGCAGGAGCCCAGGACCGCUGUCACUACAUGGCUGUUAUCACGACCAUCCUCGACACUCCUCAGGAGCUUCUGGACAUAUGGAGAAACUUGCACCAACCUGGGCCUGUCUGUUAUUGAAAACAACACUCUGGGAAAGACAAAUAGCCUUGAGGUUAGAGCGUUGGGCCAAUAACCCAAAAGGGUGAUGGUUCCAAUCCCAGAGCUGACAAAAUGGCAAAUCUGUCACUGUGCCUUUGAGCAAGCACUUAACCCCAGUGCUCCAUGGGAGCUGGACAAUGGUGUCCCUCACCGGGACCUCGCUCCCUGUGGUUGUCUUGUUUGAGCUGUGACUUUCUCUUGGAUGCUUUUCUCUGGGUGUGGUAGAGAGGGAUUGCCUUAUCUCUGUGUUUCUGUGGGUGUGGUAGAGAAGGGUCACCUUAUCCCUGUGUUUCUGUGGGUGUGGUAGAGAAGGGUCACCUUAUCUCUGUGUUUCUGUGGGUGUGGUAGAGAAGGGUCACCUUAUCUCUGUGUUUCUGUGGGUGUGGUAGAGAAGGGUCACCUUAUCCCUGUGUUUCUGUGGGUGUGGUAGAGAAGGGUCACCUUAUCCCUGUGUUUGUGGGGGUGUGGUAGAGAAGGGUCACCUUAUCUCUGUGUUUAUGGGGGUGUGGUAGAGAAGGGUCACCUUAUCCCUGUGUUUCUGGGGGUGUGGUAGAGAAGGGUCACCUUAUCCCUGUGUUUCUGGGGGUGUGGUAGAGAAGGGUCACCUUAUCUCUGUGUUUCUGUGGGUGUGGUAGAGAAGGGUCACCUUAUCUCUGUGUUUCUGUGGGUGUGGUAGAGAAGGGUCACCUUAUCCCUGUGUUUCUGGGGGUGUGGUAGAGAAGGGUCACCUUAUCUCUGUGUUUCUGUGGGUGUGGUAGAGAAGGGUCACAUUAUCUCUGUGUUUCUGUGGGUGUGGUAGAGAAGGGUCACCUUAUCUCUGUGUUUCUGCAGUGGUGGAAAAGGUACUUAAUCAUCAUACUGUAGUAGAUGGCACUAUUCUCUAGUUUUUCUCACUAUUCUCUAGUUUUUCUCACUAUUCUCUAGUUUUUUUAAAUAUUUUUUUUCAGAUAGCCAGGGGCACACUCCAACACUGAGACAUAAUUUACAAACAAAGCAUUUGUGUUUAGUGAGUCCUCCAGAUCAGAGUCAGUAGGGAUGACCAGGGAUGUUCUCUUUUUAGUGAGUCCGCUAGAUCAGAGGCAGUAGGGAUGACCAGGGAAGUUCUCUGUUUAGUGAGUCCUCCAGAUCAGAGUCAGUAGGGAUGACCAGGGAUGUUCUCUUUUUAGUGAGUCCGCUAGAUCAGAGGCAGUAGGGAUGACCAGGGAAGUUCUCUGUUUAGUGAGUCCUCCAGAUCAAAUGCAAUUCCACAGUGUGACAUCACAGCAGCAAGACGAGUGACUUUUAAACACAAGAAAAGGGCAAACCAGUGAAGAACAAACACCAUUGUAAAUACGACCCAUAUUUAUGCUUAUUUAUUUUCCCUUUUGUACUUGAACUAUUUCCACAUCAUUACAACACUGUAUAUAGACAUAAUAUGAGCUGACAAUAUGGAAAAUCUGUCGCUGUGCCCUUGAGCAAGGCACUUAACCCCAGUGCUCCAUGGGUGCUGGACAACGGUGUCCCUAUCCGUGACCCCGCCCCCUUUGGGUGUCCUGGGGGCAGUUGGGAUAUGAAGAAACACAUUACCAUUACACACCUGUGAGUAACAGGACAAAUAUAUCCCCCCCCCCCAUUCUAUUUCAACUCCUGUGUUUUAUCUUACUGACGUUCAGUGUCCAGAAACCAAGACAACAGUCACAGCUCAAACAACACACCAGUCACAGCUCAAACAACACACCAGUCACAGCUCAAACAACACAACAGUCACAGCUCAAACAACACACCAGUCACAGCUCAAACAACACACCAGUCACAGCUCAAACAACACACCAGUCACAGCUCAAACAACACAACAGUCACAGCUCAAACAACACAACAGUCACAGCUCAAACAACACACCAGUCACAGCUCAAACAACACACCAGUCACAGCUCAAACAACACACCAGUCACAGCUCAAACAACACAACAGUCACAGCUCAAACAACACAACAGCACAAACUACACAACCAAAUCAAAUUUUAUUUGUCACAUACACAUGGUUAGCAGAUGUUAAUGCGAGUGUAGCGAAAUGCUUGUGCUCCUAGUUCCGACAAUGCAGUAAUAACCAACAAGUAAUCUAACUAACAAUUCCCCAACUACUACCUUAUACACACACACAAGUGUAAAGGGAUGAAGAAUAUGUACAUAAAGAUGAAUGCAGUCUCAGAGGUUUGAAGUGACUAAACGCCGCAGACAGGAAGGGGUGUAGACAGAGACAGUGUGACAGUUCAAUCGUUACUUCCCCUAUCAUUUACUGUAAAAGGAAGUCAGCGUUUGGGAGACUGAGACGCACGAUGCUGAGGAGGAAUUCCGAAUGGCAUCUUGUCCUCUAUAUAUAGUCUCUGGUCAACAAAAUAGUGUUCUAUAUAGGGGAUAAAUUACAUCUUGUCCUCUAUAUAUAGUCUCUGGUCAACAAAAUAGUGUUCUAUAUAGUGGAUAAAUUACAUCUUGUCCUCUAUAUAUAGUCUCUGGUCAACAAAAUAGUGUUCUAUAUAGGGGAUAAAUUACACCUUGUCCUCUAUAUAUAGUCUCAGGUCAACAAAAUAGUGUUCUAUAUAUGGGAUAAAAAGUAGUGUAUUAUAUAGGGAAUAGGGUGCCACUGAGACAAUAGUGCACAAGGAUGAGAACGAUAAACGACACUGAUCAUUUGGUUCACAGUAGUUUACCGACAGAUCAGGAUCACUCUGGUUUGAGAGAACUUCAGGAUUUAAUUUAUUUACCAGGCAAGUCAGUUCAGAACAAAUUCUUAUUUUCAACGGCAGCCUAGGAACAGUGGGUAAACUUCCUUGUUCAGGGGAACAAUGGGUUAACUGCCUUGUUCAGGGGAACAGUGGGUGAACUGCCUUGUACAGGGGAACAGUGGGUGAACUGCCUUGUUCAGGGGAACAGUGGGUUAACUGCCUUGUUCAGGGGAACAGUGGGUUAACUGCCUUGUUCAGGGGGCAAAACGACAGAUUUUAACCUUGUCAGCUCAGGGAUUCGAUCUUGCAACCUUUCGGUUACUAGUCCAAUGCUAUAACCACUAGGCUACCUGCCGCCCCAGAAUGGUGUAUGUACUCUGAAAUAAAGUUAUUUUUUUAUACAACUGGACAUGAAUAAUUGUAGAUGUAAGGCCUACAUCAAAUAUGAUUCUAUGUUGCCUAUUUGUUUACCACUGUCAACAAUGGAAAGCAAUUUUCGUUGAAUAUAUUGACUUGGUUUUCAUCCUGUAUUUGAAUAUAUACGUGGUUUGUUGUCCACAUCCAUGUGCUCUUUAUUAAAAUGUUGGCUAGA